AUGGGACGUGAGGAGCAAGGAAGGACUUGGUGCAUGGACGCAGCUCAACUGGAUACGCAAAGGAAGAAGGAGGAAGUCAUCUUGAAGACCAGCUCGACCACCUACUCGACCAUCCGGUCGAGUUCCUCAACUCGACCGGCCAAGCUUCAACUCGAUCGAGCUGAGAAGUGUAUGCGAACUCGAUCGAGUCGGACAACAAAAGACUUGGUCGAGCUAGACUUCACCACGGAUAGAAAGAGAAGUCACAGGACUCAGAGGGUACAAGAGGAACCUGAGGUGCUUGUUACUGAUACCAUGGAUGUACCAGAGGGGAAUGGAAACCCUUUGGCCCAUAGUGCAUCAUCUAACUUUGAAGCCCAAUCCUUCCCAGUUGUGCCUGCAGUUUUCCGAAGAAUGUUCUUGAUCUCUCUGUUAGAUAGCUCGACUUGGCCACUCGUCUGGGGAUGA